AUGACCACGUCUGCAGUUCAUCUGGAAUUGGUCACCGACUAUUUAACGGAUGGGUUCAUUGCCACGUACCGACGGUUCGCAGCAGAAAGAGGCAUUCCAGAUACAAUUUACUCCGACUGCGGCACGAACUUCAUCGGAGCCGAUUCAGCAUUGAGGUCAAUGUUCGUCGAGGGCACUCAAGACAAUCAACGAUUGGCCAAGCUGUUCGUCAACGACAACACAACUUGGAGUUUCAAUCCACCCGCUGCACCGCACAUGGGAGGAAAGUGGGAGGCAGUGGUCAAGUCUGUCAAAUACCAUCUCAGACGUACGAUUGAAGCAACGCUCAAUUCACGACCACUGGAGCCUCUCACUGACGACCCUGACGAUCUCUCAGUGCUCAUACCAGCUCAUUUUCUUAUCGGAAGAGCAAUUUCAACACUGCCUGAGCCAUCUGUUGAACAGGCCAAUCUCUCACCAAGAGCCAGGUGGCAUCUCAUUCAACAAAAUUUACAACAGUUCUAG